AUGUCUCAAAUUACUGGCACCUUCAGGCCUGUUUCGGAAGAGGAGCAGGCUUUGCGGACUAAACUCGAGCGACUGAGCACCAGCGACCAUGGUCCUGUGUUUGGGAAGCAUGAGAAGAUCCCCGCACAUACCCUGCAGAAGGCUAAAGAUGAAUUGAACGAGACCCCAGAGAAACGUGAAUUAGCAAUCAAAGAGCUUCAGGAGCUUAUCCAGGAGAAAGCUAAAGAUGGAGACGACAUUUGCAAAGCAGUUGCUGAGAAAAUGCAGGGGAAGGAAGAAGCUUUCCUCUUGCGUUUCAUACGUGCCCGCAAGUUUGAUAUCAGCAGAGCUUAUGAUUUGAUUAAAGGUUACGUCAACUUCCGUCAGCAGUAUCCAGAACUCUUUGAAAACCUGGUGCCCGAGGCAGUACGGAGUACUAUUGAGGCUGGCUACCCUGGCAUUUUGUGCAACAGGGAUAAAUACGGUCGGGUGGUACUGCUGUUCAACAUAGAGAACUGGGAUUAUGAAGAGAUCACGUUUGAUGAGAUCCUCCGUGCCUACUGCGUGAUCUUGGAGAAGCUGCUGGAGAACGAGGAAACUCAAAUCAACGGCUUCUGUAUCAUUGAGAACUUCAAGGGCUUCACCAUGCAGCAAGCCUACGGCAUCAAGCCUUCUGAACUGAAAAAAAUGGUGGACAUGCUACAGGAUUCCUUUCCAGCUCGAUUCAAGGCCAUUCAUUUCAUUCACCAGCCUUGGUAUUUUACCACCACCUACAAUGUUGUCAAACCGUUCCUGAAGAACAAGCUUCUGGAAAGGGUCUUCGUGCACGGAGAUGAACUUGCCACCUUCUUUCAAGAGAUAGAUGCGGAUAUCUUGCCGGCUGAUUUUGGAGGCAACCUGCCCCGAUAUGAUGGCAAAAUGAUCGCAGAGAAGCUUUUCGGGGCCUCGAUGGACACUGAAGACACAACUCUCUAA